AUUUAAUUCCUGCGUGGAUGACACAGACUUCAUGUGCGGGCAGAAGACGCUGUGAUCCAGCUGCUUUAGUAUAGUCUAUACUGGAUGCGCAAACGUGACAGGUUUUUCCUUAAAGUGUCCAUUAUAAUGGGAAGUUGGAAGAAUCACGUGCGCCAAGGGCUGCAGCAUAGAGACCACAGAGAAAAGCUCCCCUUUGUUGGCGUUUUCACAAGCUUGUCUCAGCUGGAGGAACGCUUUGAACUUCGCGACGAGAUUUUGGCUGAUGUUCAGUCUCAGAGUUUAGAAAGACAUGGAGUUGAGGUUGGGGGAAACGCCACACUGCUUCGACUCCGGCUGAGAGAGAGUGAGCACCUGGUAGAUAAGUUAUCUCAAACUGUCUCCGACCUUACCACCGUCCUCCAUCUCAAAGAAGAUGAAGUACAGUACUGGCAAUCACGUGUGUCUCAGUUCCAUCAAGAGGCACUUACUCUGGCUAAAGGGAGUAACACCCUGAAGGAAGCCCUUUCAGAAUAUGAGUUCACCAUAGAGUGUCAAUCCAAAGAGUUAGCAGCCCUGCGUGUGGAUCAGCAGUGCCUAAAGGAAGCUCUUGCAGAUGCACUGAGAGAGAAAGAACGGCUAUUACAGCGAUGGAUGGAGGAGAAAAUAAAGGAAGCGGACAGGCUGAAUAAUUACAACAUCACUCAGGCAAGGUGGCAACAUUUGACCAAACAUCUGAAGAAGCACCUCCAGAAAGGUGUGGGGAAAGAGCAUGAGCCCACGCCGACCAAUUCUUCAAGUGAUGCAGCACAGUCUACAUCAGCCAUUCAGAGGAUCAAUAAUCCAACAGAUAUGCACAGUGGACUCCCAGACCAGUGUCACAUCUCAGGUCCACCACAGGCCUAAUAUUCCCUUCAGAUCACAGGGAGAACACUUUUUUUCUCCCCAGUGCUUAUAGAUGAAAUGAUGACAUAAAUAAUGAAAAUGUAGUUGGUUUUUCUUUGCAAAUGUUAGGACAAAUUGCUCACAUGGAUCUAUUUUUAUUAUUUAUCUAAAAAUAUAUUUAAAGAUCCACUAUACUAUGCAAAUUUGUUUGUGACGUAUAGUUAGAGUGCCUAGUUUCACAUCACAAGUCACCCUGAAGUUUAGCUGAUCACAUGUGGACAUCAUCUUCAUGAUCAAUGCAUCAAACCCUUCCGGUUCUACGAUUAUUAUUCUUUUAAUCAGUUAACCUUUGAAACAACUUCAUAUAGUUUUCAGUUGUUUUUUUUUUUUUUAACAUUUUAAUUACUGUUCAACGAAUUAAACAUUUAGUAAUUUUGAAAAAUCAAGCUCAGUGUUAGUUUACUGCACACUCUUGUAUGUAAUUAUGUGUUACUGUCUUCUUUAUCACCUGUAAAAGAAAAUAAAGAGACUUUU